AACGCCAAUACAUAAAGCGAUGACGCACGGGAGGAGACGCGCGGGGAACGGGCCCCGGCAGGCGCAGCCGCCCUCCCCUCUCACCGCCGCGGCGCUGCCCGGCCAGAGACCCUACGAUCUUCAUCGCGCUCACGCGCAUGUUUUGCUAUCGAUUAUUCGAUAUUUGUAAUUUUUACGAUGUAACCAUUUUAAUACAUAUGGAAAAAAUCUAAUGUGUUGGAGUGUCAUUUCAACGUUACCCAAGUACCAAUAUCUGAUGGCAAAAAGAAGAACUCGGCAGCUUUCGGCGGAAACAUUUUGGUGACCCCGACGUGAUUUAUCUAGAAACUUCGACGACGCCACUCAUCGAAACUUGUGGUCACAGACACCGAGCGGUUGAAUUGAAAGUUCAAACCUGAGCAACGAAAUAUUUGAAGAUAGGUAUUCGUUGUUGGUGGUUGUUUGUGACGAAAGUGUACCAGGUUUAAGUUGGUGUAAAGUAUAUGCAGUAAUAAAAACGUUUCCUACGUUUCGUGUUCCACGGGAUCGUCGCGAGUCCCGCAAGUACGUGCGCCAAGUACCUACGAGUAUCUUGGCGGCUGGGGACGCGUCACAGAUCACCUCCCCUAGAUGCUGUGCCCAUUGAAGGACUAGCUGGUCAGAUCUUGCACUUUUAUUUUAUUUAAGUUUACGUUGGUUUUAAACUCGCUGUUUGCGUUUAUAAUAAAGUGACAAUGACUGAGUCGGAACAAAAAUUAGCUGUUUUGAGACAAAAGCGCAGCAGCAUCAAAGGGCAAAUAACAAAGUAUGAAAAUUACGUGUCUAGUUUUAAAUCAGAAAAUGCAACAACGUUACAAACCCGUGAAUUUCAGAUUAGAUUAACUAAAUUUGAAGAACUGUCAACAAAGUUUGAUGACAUUCAGUCACAAAUCGAAGUAUUUGUAAUGCCUUCAGAGCUUGAAGGUGAAAUUGAGGAACGCGAACGAAUCGAAAGUAAGUUUUGUAAUUUAAUUGCUACCUCCGGGAUCAUAUUGAACCCCGUAGAAAAUAAUGACGCGGCUUCCUCUCAUUUAUCUGUCAAGUCUAAUGAUGGUGCUGCGUUUGGUCAUUACCAACAAAUAAAAUUACCAACAAUCAAGCUACCUACCUUCGACGGAGAUCAUCUAAAAUGGCUGGAAUUUCGGGAUAUGUUCGAAUCGCUAAUCCACGACAAUGAUCAUAUUCCUCCCAUGAAUAAGUUUCAUUACUUACGCUCUUCCCUCGAAGGUGGCGCUGCUGUCGCAAUAAAGUCAAUUGAUUUUACGGCAAAUAACUACAAUUUAGCAUGGGAACUGUUAUGUGAGAGGUUUAAUAAUAAAAGAAUUCUGAUAAAUAAUCACUUAAAAUCUUUGUACAAUUUAGAAGCAUUUACAAAGGAAUCGUAUACUUCAUUGAGGCUCAUGAUUGACCACGUUUCAAAAAACUUGCGUGCAUUAAGUAGCUUAGGUGAGCCUACUGAGCACUGGGACACACUGAUCAUAUUCAACAUGUCCUCAAAAUUGGACGCCGCCACAGGUCGCAAAUGGGAGGAACAUAGAAGUACCUUGUCAGACUUAGUAACUUUAAAGGAGUUCUAUCAGUUUUUGCGCGAUCGAGCAGAUGUACUAGAAACAAUACAAUAUAGUAAAGUUGAUGCAGGUCGUAGCGAGCGUCCCACAAUUAAUAAAAAUUCGUCAGGUAAACAAACAAAAUUGCUUCAUGUUGCGUCAACGAAUGGUAAUAAAGUUGAAUGUGCUUUAUGUCAGCAAGACCACAGGCUUGAGUACUGUCCUAAUUUUAAAGUAAUGAACCCAGAGUCAAGGUUAAGUACUGUGAGGCGGUUGAAAUUGUGUGUUAACUGCUUCCGGCAGGGUCAUCACCAGUCUCGUUGCCGCAGGGGUCCGUGCACCAUCUGUAACAGAAAACACAAUGCAUUAGUACAUAUACAGCAUAACAGUAGCAACAACAAUGAAGCAAAUAGUAACAAUAAUUGUGACAAUCGUCAGGACAUUUCUAUAGAUAAGGUAGAUACUCCUCGCAAUGAUGGGCAAACCAAAGAGCAGCCAAAAUUACCUAAUCCUUGUGUGCGUGUUAAUGCUGCUUUCUGCGGGGAAGUAUUGUUGUGCACGGCAAUCGUAGACAUAGUUGGUCCAUAUAAUACAAUCCGCGCGCGUGCUGUUUUGGACAAUUGUAGUCAGUCAUCGUUUAUCACUGAAAAGUUAAAAAGCAUGUUAAACCUACCGGCAUCUAAUGAAGAUUACAUUACCAUUUGUGGCAUCAAUGACAACGACUUUGAUAUUCCUCAACGUCAUUGUGAGAUAAGUGUCAAGUCAAGACUUAAUUCAUUUAAUACAUCGGUGUCAUGUCUGGUUAUACCUAAACUUACGGGCACUCUCCCUAACGCGCCUGUAGACUACACUAAACUCAAUUUGCCUGAAAAUAUAGAUCUUGCAGACCCAGACUUUUUCCGUCCCUCUAAUGUUGAUUUGCUUCUCGGAGGUGACGUGUUCUACGACUUGGUGGAAGAAAACCUCGUCAAGUUAGGAAAAAAUAAACCUACAUUAGUAAAAUCGCACUUGGGUUGGUUAGUUGCCGGACCGAUCGGUGAACGCACCCAUAAAACCAGUAAAAAUAUAAAAUGUAAUUUCACUCGAGAAAUAAAAGAUAGGCUUUCCAUGUUCUGGGAACUCGAAGAGAUACCCACAAAAAACAAACUCUUGUCUAGCGAUGAACAAUUCUGCGAAGAUCAAUUUAAUAAUGAUGUUACUCGGCUUCCCGAUGGCAGAUUUUCCGUGAAAAUGCCACUCAAGGCGUCACCAGAGCAAAGUCUUGGUGAUUCUCACUGUAUCGCAAAAAGACGUUUCUUUAAUUUAGAAAGAAAAUUACAAAGUAAGCCUUAUAUUAAACAAAUGUACAUGGACUUCAUUCAUGAGUAUGAACAGCUGGGGCAUUUAACCAAGGUCCCACGACCGGACUUUGGCUACGUUCUUCCUCAUUAUGCAGUGAUCAGAGCUCAGCCUAAGACUCUAAAGACUUUCGUUUGCAAUCGCAUACAGGAAAUUCGCGAUUUAACAGAUGAACAUGCAUGGAGACACGUACCUACUGACAAUCCGGCGGAUCUAGCAUCAAAGGGUAUCAAGUGUCAGGAAUUAAAUGGGAAUACUCUCUGGUGGACUGGGCCUGCCUUUCUUCUUCAAGCAGAUAAUGCAUGGCCGGAAAUGACGUCCAUUGAAGAUGACAUACCUGAAACAAAAACAAACUUAAAUAUAAAAGUUAAUCAUUCCCCUACGGUGGUAGAUUUUAACAAAUAUUCUAAAUUAAGCACUUUAAUAAAUAUGUUCGCGUACGUAUUACGCUUCAUAAAUGCAUGCAAAAAUAAAAAUGUAAAGGGUUCACUUACCGUACAAGAGUUAAACACUUCCUUACAACUGUUGACGAAAUUGUCACAAGCGGUUUCUUUCACUCAUGAAAUAAAUUCUUUGAGACAAAAUAAGAAAUUGAAAGCUAAAUCUAGCAUUUUAUCUCUUAACCCGUUCUUAGACGAUAACGGUGUACUAAGAGUUGGUGGACGUUUGCAUGAUGCUCAGUGUUCAUACGAUCAAAGGCAUCCAAUGCUAUUAGAUGGCAAACAUCCGCUCGCUAGAUUAAUUUUUAAAAGUGAACAUCUGCGUUUACUUCAUUGUGGUCCGCAGCUACUCCUCAGUGGAGUUCGGGAACAUUUUUGGCCAACUAAGGGUAGAGUUUUGGCUAGAAGCACUGUGCACAACUGCCUCACGUGUAAAAGAUUAAAGGCUAAAACCAUGCAACCUAUUAUGGGUAACCUUCCUAAAUCGCGUGUAGUUCCUGCUCCACCAUUUGAGACCUGCGGCGUCGAUUUCGCUGGGCCCUUUUCCAUUUUGAACAAAAAGGGUCGAGGCGCGAAAGUAUCAAAAUGCUAUUUGUGCCUGUUUGUUUGUUUUUUCACAAAGGCGGUUCAUUUAGAAGUCGUUAGCGACCUGAGCACAAAUUCUUUUAUUUUAAGCCUACGCAGAUUUAUAUCGCGACGCGGAAAACCGAAAACUAUUUAUUGCGACAACGGUACCAAUUUCGUUGGCGCAAACAGCGAGCUACAACGUAUGCUUAAGGCAAGCCAAGAGCCCGUCAAUGGGUUCGCAUCCAGCAACGGCAUAGAUUUUAAAUUCAGUCCGGCAUAUUCUCCCAAUUUCGGUGGUUUAUGGGAGGCGGGAGUUAAAGCCGCGAAAUUUCACCUUAAACGUGUAGUAGGAUCUUCUAACUUAACCUUUGAGGAGUUAACCACACUGUUCACUCAAGUAGAAGCUAUAUUGAAUUCGCGGCCGUUGACACCUAUGUCUUCCGACCCAUCCGAUCUCUCACCGCUUACACCUGGUCACUUCCUGAUCGGGCGGCCAUUGGCUUCGUUGCCAUCUCCGCCUACACAGAAGAUGAACCUCAACCGCUACCAUCAUCUUGAAGCCCUUAGACAACACUUCUGGAAGCGAUGGACUCGGGAGUUCCUUUCUGAUCUUCAACAGCGUGUGAAAUGGAGAGCCACAGGACAAGGGGUCAAACUUGGGGACCUAGUUAUUCUCAAAGACGACAACUUACCGCCAUUGAAGUGGAGUCUUGGCCGCGUCGAAACUCUGCACCCAGGAUCCGACGGCGUCACGAGAGUUGUAGACGUCCGAACAGGAAAAGGGCUAGUUCGACGAGCUGUCUCUAAGCUCUGUCCCCUACCUUCUAACCAAGAAGACGAUGAUCAAGCAAUGAUCUUGAAACCAGGAGGUUUCAAGGCCCCGGAGGAUGUUAACGCCAAUACAUAAAGCGAUGACGCACGGGAGGAGACGCGCGGGGAACGGGCCCCGGCAGGCGCAGCCGCCCUCCCCUCUCACCGCCGCGGCGCUGCCCGGCCAGAGACCCUACGAUCUUCAUCGCGCUCACGCGCAUGUUUUGCUAUCGAUUAUUCGAUAUUUGUAAUUUUUACGAUGUAACCAUUUUAAUACAUAUGGAAAAAAUCUAAUGUGUUGGAGUGUCAUUUCAACGUUACCCAAGUACCAAUAUCUGAUGGCAAAAAGAAGAACUCGGCAGCUUUCGGCGGAAACA